AUGCUUUUAUCUCUGGAAGUUCAGAAAUCUUCUCCGGUGUACCGUUCCGCUAGGUCACUGCGAGAGGAAAGCCCGCCGCACCUUUGGACCUCCUCGGUCGCAGCAUACUGUUUCAGAUGCUCUUUCUGCUCAUUGUUCAAUCGCAUUGCAUCUAUUUACACUGCCGUCACAAUGAACGAAUACCUAUCUAUCUAUCUAUCUAUCUAUCUAUCUAUCUAUCUAUCUAUCUAUCUAUCUAUGUUUCUUCCCUAUCUAUCUAUCGAUCUAAUUUUGUCUAAUCACAUUUUUAUUUCUCUCAAUUUAAUAUCUAUUCAUUUAUGUCACUGUUCAUAUCUAUCUAUCUAUCUAUCUAUCUAUCUAUCUAUCUAUCUAUCUAUCUAUGUCACUAUUCAUAUCUAUCUAUCUAUCUAUCUAUCUAUCUAUCUAUCUAUGUCACUAUUCAUAUCUAUCUAUCUAUCUAUCUAUCUAUCUAUCUAUGUCACUGUUAUCUAUCUAUCUAUCUAUCUAUCUAUCUAUCUAUGUCACUGUUCAUAUCUAUCUAUCUAUCUAUCUAUCUAUCUAUCUAUCUAUCUAUGUCACUGUUCAUAUCUAUCUAUCUAUCUAUCUAUCUAUCUAUCUAUCUAG